AUGGACAUCAACAAUCUCCUCAACGUAUCACCCACUUCAACUCACACUCAUACAGUUGUGUUUCUCCACGGAAGAGGCGACACUGCGAGAGGUCUCGCUCACUCGCUUCACUACUCCCGCGCCCGUGAUGGUCGCACCCUCUACCAUAUAUUCCCAUCCUUCCGCUGGGUUUUUCCCGAGGCGAGGUUGAACCCAUGCGUCGCGUUUCCUGGACAGUCGUGGAAGCAAUGGUUCGACAUUUGGAAUGUUCAGGACUUCUCUGAUCAUGAAGAACAUCAAGCGACUGGGUUGCGUGAAAACGUACCAUUGAUCCGCCGUCUCAUCGCCCAAGAAGCCGCCGUCCUCGGCGGUCGCUACGAUAGAAUCAUCCUCGCGGGUAUCAGCCAGGGUGGCGCAACGUCGGUGCAUACACUACUCAACCUUCAUAUACCACCGCCAGGCGACGAGCGAGCAAGCCGUGGUCUUGCGGCAUUCCUUGGAUUCUGCUGCCGGAUGCCAUUCCCCGGCCGUUCCCUGACUGAUACGCGAAAGAUACUAAGCCUCGAAAACUUGCCACAAGAUGACCUCGCAAUCAGGCACACUCCGAUGCUUCUAGAGCACUCUGUCGAUGAUCCACUGGUACUUAUCGGCAAUGGUCGGAUCUUAAGAGAUACACUUCGUGGCUUUGGUGCCUCUGUGGAAUGGCGGGAGUACCCGGACGGCGGACACUGGUUUCACUCGCCUGAUGGCAUGUCAGAUGUUGUCGACUUUCUCCACAAGAUUCUUGAUCUGGAGCAGCGUCCCCCAGCUGUGCAGGAAGCCCCUUCUUUGGGCACCGACCCGAUGGAAUUGUCUUAG